GGAGUGAUUUGGAGACACACCAGUGGGUAUUUAUCCGGGCUGGAGGCAGAGAGGUGAGGCUGAUGCUGAGGUGAUGCAACCAGGGGAGGGGGCUGAGGAUCAUCUGGCUGCUGCCAGCGGAGAGGAGCUACCAUCCGAAACCGAUGCUGCCUUGAGCCGUUACAAGUUGUGGGAUUAGCCAACUCCUAGCAAAUGGACGUUCAUCGGGCUCCAAUCAGUUUCUCUCGGAGGAAGAAUUAGGAGAACCUGAGAUUAAGCUGUAGAUGUAUCAGCAUCAGAGAGCUAAGAAUGAAGAAGUCGGUCCGGCCAGCGGUGAGUAAGGCAGGCGGAGAUCGAGGGAAGUCGGAGGCUGCAGCCACCGCUGGCACCGGAAAACCUACAGCCAAAAGCACCACGAACGCUCCUCUAUCUAAGGUGAAAAGCAAUGAUGAUCUUUUAGCAGCCAUGGCUGGAGGGAAUCCAACUUCAAGCACCGCUGUCACAAAAACCAAGAGGACUGCCUCCAUUGGAGCUACUGCUAGCAACCUAGACAGCAAGCCAAAGACAACAUCAGGUACUUCAUCCAAGCGUACAACAUCAACAGCCAAGGAGCCAAACUCAUCAAGAGACCGUCUCCGGACAUCCAGGACAUCGGCUGCUAAAAAGCAGCUGGUGUCAGGGACUGUAGCAGGGGAUGCGGCCUCAGGAAGGCGUUCUCGCAGCCAGAUCCUAGCAGAAUCUGAGGGUCGUAUGAGCAAAUCCAAGUCAGAUGGUCAGAUUAGUGAUAAGAUUGCUCUAGAAGCCAAAGUAAAAGACCUACUGGGUUUAGCUAAGAGCAAAGAUGUGGAGAUCCUCCACCUUCGCAGUGAGCUGCGGGACAUGAGGGCCCAGCUUGGCCUCGGGGGCAAGGAAGCACCACAGCAGGAAGAAGUUGGGGAAGAGAAGCCCCAGGUUUCAGCCAUCACAGCAGCUGAUGUGGAAUCCACUCUUAUUCUUUUACAAGAGCAGAACCAGGCCAUCAGAGAGGAGCUCAACCUGCUAAAAAGCGAGAACCGCAUGCUGAAAGACCGGCUCAAUGCGUUGGGGUUCUCCCUGGAGCAGCGGCUGGACGGCUCUGACAAAUUGUUCAAUUACACUUCCCUGAGCCCUGACCUGGCGGCAGGUAGUGGUCACAGUGACGGAGGAGGCACAGGGACACUGACCUCCUCUGUGGAAGGCUCUGCUCCUGGCUCAUUAGAAGAUCUGCUCACGGGACACCACCAUGGAGGUUCAGCGGACAACCUCGACAGUGAGUCCAGUGAAGUUUACCAAGCUGUGACCUCCAGUGAUGAUGCUCUGGAUGCCCCCUCUGGAGCUUCCUCAUCAUCUGAGUCGGAGUGUGCACCUAGCAGGGAUCGCUCUCGGAGGGAUAGUAGUGGCAAUGCCAGCGAGGUGUCAGUAGCCUGUCUGACAGAGCGCAUCCACCAGAUGGAGGAGAACCAGCACAGCACUGCUGAGGAGCUUCAGGCCACACUACAGGAGUUGGCAGACCUGCAGCAAAUCACCCAGGAGCUGAACGGAGAGAAUGAGCGGCUCGGUGAGGAGAAGGUUAUCCUCAUGGAUUCCCUGUGCCAGCAGAGCGACAAGCUGGAGCUCUACGGCCGACAAAUCGAAUACCUGCGCUCACUGCUGGACGAGCAUCAUAUAUCCUAUGUGUUGGAGGAAGACAUCAAGAGUGGUCGCUACAUGGAGCUCGAGCAGCGCUAUGCAGACCUGGCAGACAAUGCCCGUUUUGAGAGAGAGCAACUGUUGGGGGUGCAACAACACCUAUCCAACACAUUGAAGAUGGCUGAGCAAGACAACGCUGAAGCACAGGAGAUGAUUGCAGCUCUGAAGGAGAGGAACCACCAAAUGGAACGCAUCAUGGAAUCUGAGAGACAAGGCCGAGCUGCCAUGGCCGCCGCACUAGAGGAGUACAAGGCUGCAGUGAGCAACGACCAGGCGGAACUGAGCCGCUGCAGAGCCCAACUGGACCAAGAGAGGCAGAGGGUGGCUGAGCUGUACUCUCUUCACACUGCAGGGGACAAAAAUGACAUCUGCCAGCUGCUUGAAGGUGUUCGGCUGGGGAAGGAGGAGGCUGAGGCCAAGGCUGCAAAGAUGCAAGAGCAGCUGGAACAAGCCCACAGUGAACUCAACCGGCUGCAGGAGACUUUCAGCAAGCUGGACAGGGAAUACAGAGACUUCCAGGAGCAGGUGCAGCAGCAGAUGGCUGAUCAGGAGCGUGCGCUGGAAAAGCAGCGUAUGGAGCUGCAGGAGAAAGAGACAGAGAUUGCCGACAUGAAGGAAACCAUCUUUGAGCUUGAGGAUGAGGUGGAGCAGCAUCGAGCUCUUAAACUCCAUGACAACCUCAUUAUAACAGACCUCGAGAACUCUGUGAAGAAGCUACAGGACCAGAAGCAUGACAUGGAGAGAGAGAUUAAGAUUCUUCACCGCAGAUUGAGGGAGGAGUCUAUGGAGUGGCGUCAGUUCCAGGCUGAUCUGCAGACAGCUGUUGUCAUUGCUAACGACAUCAAAUCGGAAGCUCAGGAGGAGAUUGGAGACCUGCGGCGCCGGCUGCAGGAAGCACAGGAGAAGAACGAGAAGCUGAGCAAGGAGUUGGACGAAGUCAAGAGCCGCAAGCAGGAGGAAGAGAGAGGCAGAGUGUACAACUACAUGAAUGCAGUGGAGAGGGACCUGGCAGCUCUAAGACAAGGGAUGGGUCUCAGCAGGCGAUCCUCCACCUCCUCGGAGCCCUCACCCACUGUCAAAACACUCAUCAAGAGCUUUGAUAGUGCCUCACAAGGUCCACCUUCCAAUGGUGCUGCUGUGGCUCCCACAGCCUCGGCUGCCCCACUUCCACGAACCCCCCUCAGCCCCAGUCCCAUGAAGACGCCCCCAGCAGCUGCUGUUUCACCCAUACAGAGACACUCCAUAACUGGGUCCAUGUCAGCAGCCAAGCCGCUCUCCUCCUUGAGUGAUAAGAGGCCCAGCUACACAGACAUCACCAUGCCAGCUGAGCACCUUCUCAGGGGAACCUCAGCUACCCGACCUCCGCCUGUCAUCCAGAGGGUCUCCACCAUGGACUCCACCAAGGCGAUCUCAGUGUCCCGUCGGAGCAGCGAGGAGAUCAAGCGAGACAUGUCAGCUUCAGAUGGCGCCUCUUCAAGCUCUCUGAUGGCUAUGAGUGCAGCCUCCUCCCCCCUAUCUUUGUCCUCCUCCUCCCCCACUGCAUCCAUCACCCCUACAGCACGCAGCCGUCUAAGAGAAGAGCGAAAGGACCCACUGUCAGCGCUGGCCAGAGAGUAUGGAGGCUCCAAGAGAAAUGCUUUGCUAAAGUGGUGCCAGAAGAAGACUGAAGGCUAUCAGAACAUUGAUAUUACUAACUUCAGCAGCAGUUGGAAUGAUGGCUUGGCUUUUUGCGCUGUGCUCCACACCUACCUGCCCGCACACAUCCCCUACCAGGAGCUCACUAGUCAAGACAAGAGGAGAAACUUCACUUUAGCUUUCCAAGCUGCAGAGAGUGUAGGCAUCAAAUGCACUUUGGACAUUAAUGAGAUGGUGCAUACAGAGAGACCAGACUGGCAAAGCGUCAUGACUUACGUCACAGCCAUCUACAAAUACUUUGAGACCUGACUUCACCGUCUAGCCCACCCUGCUCCUGCAGCACAAUCAGACCGACCACGCCAACCCUCCUGAGCUCUCAGCACCCCUUCAGCCCCCGCGGUCAACUGUUAUACCUCACUGAGCCGCUUAUCCUGCUUCACAGCAACACCUGGUCACGCUGAAUGUCUGUGCUCAGUAUUUAGUAACACUAACGCCAGACACAGAACCUCACUGGACAUACACAUACAACUGCAUCAUCCUCCCAGUGCAGCACUGGAGGUGUAGAGUUGUAGUCCAGGGGCUUGCUUGUAUGUUUACUUUUACACUAGUGAGCCAUGACUCCAGCAAAAGCCUGGUGAACCAAGUUUUAGCUGACCAGCAGCAAAUCCCUGUAGAUCAUCUUUGUCUUCAGCUCAUGUCUGAAGGAGCAGCAUGAAACCAAGUCUCAGUGCCUUCUAUCUGGCUUUUUCUCUCAUAUAAUGUUUCUCCACACUUCACCCGGUUUCCACAAUGUUGUAGUCUGUUCAAGGGAAAUUCCAGCAAAGCUGACUUAAAGCAUGUUAUUUUCAUAAAGUCUCACAAGGUUUUUGUUUUGUUAAACUGUGAAUAUUUAGUGGACAUUUUCCAUUUUUUCACAAUAACAAAACAAAGGUUAGUAAUGUUGGAAUUCCCCCACAACCUUGAAAAAUCCCUUUGGACAGACUUCAGAGAGAUGCGUCUUUUUUGCACCAAGUCUUCCAGACGUUACAGUACGCUACAGAAGCCUCUCUUUCAGUGGAUAAAGUGCCUGUGAGAGGUUUCAUACAAGAGACCAGGAAAUGAGCUCUUUCAAUACAGUACGUGAAGCUGAAGAUUCAAGGAGCUGCCAAAUGAGCCUUUUGAUUGUUGAUUUCUGGCUUAUUAGUCAUCAGGACAGACUGAUGCUGCAGACAGCUGCCACAUCAGCAUCUCAUGUAGACUGAGUUCUACAACUCUACUGCACAUUUUGUUAAGCAGCACUAAUAGACUAACUUUAUGAUGGUUUUUCACUUAUGUAUCAAUGAAGGUGGAUCGAUAAUCAUUUGAUGUGUUUGGAAAUCUGAACACUAAACUUGACAGUAUAAUGUGAGUGCAUUUGACAUCCUGUACCCAGACUUCUUUUGUUUGGCACAUACAGUUCACAGCAUAACUUCAUCAUAACCCAAAUAUUAGUUUGUUAAUUGUGCUUUGAUGGACAACAUCGGUUGUGUUUCUAUUCGAGAGCCGUGAAGUUUGAUUAGCUUUGUUCUGUGAUUAGAAAAUGUUCUCUAAUCUACAGUCUUCAUGUGGGGAAAAACACACUCUAGUCUUAGGAAACCAGCAGAGACACAUUCAUAAGUGCAGACAUACCUUUGUAGAACAAUGCAGUUAAAAUAGAAGUUGGGUAUUAUGGGUAAUGCAUUCAUUCUCAUCAAGAACUGGCCAUGAAGAUCACUACACCCCAUAUCUAUAUGCUGAAUGUAAUGCUAGAAGCAAGGAAUAACAACUGGCCUCCCUCUGUCCACAGCUAACAAAUAUCUGCCUCCCAGCAUCUUCGUGAUCAGUGUUAUACUUCAUGCAUCUAUGAGUACACAAGAGUUUGCUCUGAAAAUCCAUGGUUCUCCCUGUGGAAGUUUGCAAGCAGCCUAGGAUUGUGUCUGUGCAGCCUCUAUGCUGCAAGGGCAGUAGUGUACAUGUGCUGGAUUGGUAGACAAGUGUCCUCCAGUCGGACUAGAAAAUAGCGUAAUUUAGAUCAACUACACAUCUGUGGUGCAGCUGUCCGUGUGUAUUUCUACAAAGGAGUAUAAUGAUGAAUUGGAGGCUUUCUAACAUGUUAUUUCUCAUUUGUUUUCUGCAAAAACUUUAGUGUAGAGACAACCAGUUUAGGUGUUAUGAGCAGUUAUGUUCUGGACUAUUUCUUGCAGGCAAUCACUGCUUUCAAAGCAGUGACUUCUUGAAGUCUCUCCUUGGCUGUUUUCGUACAGAUUAAAGAGCAUGUUCAUUAGUGAGCUUUGGGGACAGUGUAAGUGUUUUUGUUACACCAUUUUCCAGUUUGCUUGGAGGAUACGUAACACUAGCUUGAGACCAGUGUCAUACUUGUCUGGAGUAGACCAAGUUUGUGUCGAUGUGGCAACUACAAUACAACGGUAAUAGUGCGCAUGCUGAACAGUAGUGUUUAAGUGUGGAUUAUGUAGAUGUCACCUACUGCGCAUGUAGCCGAGUCCUCCAAGCAGCACCUGUGGACUAGAAAAAUAGUACGCUAGCAACAGCUGUGUGUCUGUGGUGUCUGCAAGGGAGGAUAACUUAAGAGAUACUGGUUGGCAGAUUUUUUUUUACCGUUGGACAUCUCCAAGUUAUUCUUUAGUUGUCUUAACUCUAAGCUAAACUGUCACCUGCAGACUGUAUUAUGGUGUAUAGACAUGAAUACAUUAUUGAGCUUGAGCAUUUAUUUUGCUUGUAAAUUACUAAAUUUACACAAAUGACUUAAAACUCCAUUCUGCCAUAGGUUUAUUGUGUGUACUGGUGCUCUUGCUGGGUUUGUGUUUAGAAUUCCUAGUAUGGCAAACCCUUACUUUAGAGAAACUGUAGCACAAAAUGUCAUUUAAUUUGUCUAAAUUCAGUCUGCAACAUUACUGCAAUGCUGUCUGACUGCUGUGCGUCAUUGUGGCUCAACACACCAAGUUCACUGUAUUUAUUUGCAUAGUUUUUGAUGCUUGUAGAGAAGUCAUCACAUUAUUUGUGUAGUCUAAGAAUAUAUGAAUUGAUUACACUCACAGUAAGUAGCUGCACUGAGAUAAGCUUUUGAUAUUUGAUACUAAUUUCCUGCCUUAACAGUUUAGCCGAGGCUUCUGCUGCUGAAAAUGUGACGUUUUAAACUGCAGCUAUGCUUCCUCUGCAGGCACGUGUCACAGUGUGGAAAUAGUUCCUAAAACAAGGUCCUUCUUGUUUGUGCCUCUUGAGAAACACUAAUGGUGAGCGAUGGUCAUGAACCAUUCUGGGAAGGUGAAGCUGAAUUCCCUCAUGUGUCUAGUCAAGGUGCCUACACACUGUUUUGAUUUGGAUCCGCUGAAGCUGCCAGCUGGUAUCAAUAGCAGCAUUAGUAACAACAUUUUUGUCUGGAUUUAGAAGCCGUGCCGAUUGCCAAGCCACAUCACUGCAGCGUGCACAGCUGCAUUCAGUGAUUUAGAGUCAGCACAAGAGUUCGUAACAGUGACUGUUUCUUUUUGUGUACAAGACAGAGUGAGUUAUUUAAUGACAUUUGAAGGCGUUGGCUCUUUGUUGAUGAGGGUCAUGUGAUGCCACGAUGCCGAGGAUUAUCAGCCAGCAGUUUUAUUGUGUUCUGCCUGAUUCCACCGCUGGUUUUAUUGCUCCCAUCAGGAACAUCUGAGAGCUACAGAGAGAUUUGAAGCCUCGCCAUCCUGGAAGCGGAAUGUGUUUUGAUCACGCUUUAGUGAUCCUGGGACUUCUUAGGUCCAACAUGUGCUGAUGUGGAGUGAUUGAUGAACACUGAAGCCAGCCUGCUGAGGAGGGACUGCUGGUCAAAGCUAGGAAGCACAUUCCACCUCCACAUGAUGCUGCCAUGAUGGACAUGUUGCAUUGUUUGGCGAGCAAAGCAAAUGUGAACCGUGCUUUAUGUUGUUAUUGGGUCCACCUAAUCACGCUACACUUCUUUUUCUUUGUUUACUUGAAGAUGCUCUGAGAAUUCCACUGAACCUGCUUUAGUUUGUCUUUUUAUUUCCAUGUUGCCUUUUUUUAUAUAUAUAUAUAAUGCCACAUGUUGCAGACUGAUAACGAUUGAUGUGAUUGUGGGUUUUUUUUUUUUUUUGAACACACUACAUACAGUGCUGAAAUGGUCCUUUAGCAAAGUUAAAGCUAAAUGAAUAAAUGUGUGUACAUUUGUGUGUUUGCGUGUGUGUGUGUAAAGGGACUAAGCUACAGUAUUAAGUGCAAACUAUGAUGAUAAUCAGUUGUAAGAAAAUGCUGUCUGGUUUCAUGUUUUUUUUUUGUUUUUUUUUCUGGCAAUCCCUGUAGUUAUAAAAGACCAGUGAACAGCUAUGGUUGAUGUCGUCUUUGUGUUAUGAAGUGGUUUCAACUAAAACAAAGAAUUCCAAAAGCCUAGAGCUACUAGUCAAUAGUUUCAUUUGGGCUACAGCAGGGCUCUGACACAGCAAUUAGUGGAUGUUUGUCCCCACAGUAUUAAACUGGAUUAAUCUGAA